AUGAAUCGAACAACAGGCACUAAACAUGCGGUAUUUCAAGCUCUUCAGAAGGAUUUCGACAUUACGAACCUAGGAAGGGUAAAACAGUUUUUGGGACAAGAAGUUCGAUGUAAUGGUGGAUUCUACAGUCUUCGUCUGGCAAGCUAUAUCGAUGGCUUGAUCGAGAAAUUUGGUAUGAAGGAUUGUAAUCCAGCGAAAACACCGAUGGAUCCAAGUUACAUGAAAUUGGAUAACAGCAGUAACAGCAAACCGUUUGCAGACAUUACUCGGUACCGCAGCCUAGUCGGUGCACUUCUGUACGUGGCGGUGAAUGCUAGACCAGAUGUGGCUGUAAGCGUUUCGUCGCUGGGAAGAAAAGUGAGUAGUCCCACAGAAAUGGAUUGGACGGCAGCAAAGCGGGUUGUCAGAUACCUGAAAGGAACACGAGGCUAUAAACUACAGUUUGGACCUGGAAAAGGGUGGUCACUUGAAGGCUACUCUGAUGCGGACUGGGCAGGCGAUCAAGCAAGCCGGAAGUCUACAAGUGGCUAUACAUUCUUUUCGGAGAAGGUCCGAUCGCGUGGAUAA